AAGAUCCGGGUUUCCCCCCGCGGAGCGCAGGCCAAGGCUCGCCUCGAAGUUUUACCCAAAGUUCAGCAUUCCAGCAAAUACAGAGAAAUUAAUUUUUACCCCCACGCGCCACCGGCUGGUGCUCCCGUUGCUCUGGCACCAGCUCUCACUGCCGGGCCGGAUUUGGCAGCAGGUCCCUGGGCAGAGGUGCUGCCCCAGUGGUGAUGGCCGUGCCCUAGGGAAGACCCACAAUGAACCCAAGCGGGGCCUCACACCUCUCCAGCUCCUCGCCUCUGCCAGGGGGCUCGCUGCUGGCCCUGCUGGCCCCCGAGCCCUCCCCGUCCCCCCCCAGCGGGACACCUUCUCCCGGGCCCCCCCCAGCCCUGCUGGAAGGGGACUGGGAAGGGCGGGAGGAGCUGCGGCUGCGGGAGCUGGAGGAGGCACGAGCGCGGGCGGCCCAGAUGGAGAAGACAAUGCGAUGGUGGUCAGACUGCACGGCCAACUGGCGGGAGAAGUGGAGCAAGGUGCGAGCCGAGCGCAACCGGGCGCGCGAGGAGGUGCGACAGCUGCGGCAUCGCCUGGAGGCCCUCACAAAGGAGCUGGCCGGGCUGCGCCGAGACCGUGACCGCCCCGAGGAGCACCUGCUGCCCCAGGGCCCCUCUGGUGCCCAUCAGGGCCCCGCCGGUGCCCAGCAGGCCGAGGGAGAGGCUGAUCCCGAACAGGAGCCCGUGCGGGAUGUGGGGGCUGAGGCUCCCCAGAGAACCAAGGAGCUGGAGCUGAUGGAAAAUGUCUUGACAAGCAAGCAGGAGGAGAGCUGGGAGCAGCGGGGUCCCCGAGCCUCCCUCACCCGCCAGGAACGGAGCCACUUACUCUGGGAGGACAUCAGCAUCAUGAAGGAGGAUGCCACCAAAGUCACUGCCCUGAAGCUGAGGCUCGAUGAGUCCCAAAAAGUGCUGCUCAAGGAGCGGGAGGACAAGCUGGCACUCAGCAAAAGCAUAGAGAAACUCGAGGGUGAGCUCAGCCAGUGGAAGAUCAAAUACGAGGAGCUCAACAAGAACAAGCAGGAGGUGGUGAAGCAGCUCAACAUCCUGAAGGAGAUCCACCAGGACGAACUGGGACGCAUCUCUGAGGACCUGGAGGAUGAGCUGGGCGCCCGCUCCAGCAUGGACAAGAAGCUGGCUGAGCUGCGGGCAGAGAUGGAGCGGCUGCAGGAGGAGAACGCGGCCGAGUGGGGCCGUCGGGAGCGGCUGGAGACGGAGAAGCUGAGCCUGGAGCGGGAGAACAAGAAGCUGAGGGCACAGAUAGAGGACCUGGAGGAGGUGCUAGCUCGCAAGCGGCGCCAGACAGCCAGCACUCUGGACACAGACUUCAAAACCAUCCAGGCUGAGCUCUUCGAGAAGAACAAGGAGCUGGCUGACCUGAAGCAUAUCCACACCAAGCUGAAGAAGCAGUACCAGGAGAAAAUGGCCGAGCUGGCCCACGCCAACCGCCGCAUGGAGCAGCAUGAGGGUGAGGUGAAGAAGCUGCGCCUGAGGGUAGAGGAGUUGAAGAAGGAGCUGGCCCAAGCUGAGGAUGAGCUGGAUGAGGCCCACAACCAGACACGGAAGCUGCAGAGGUCGCUGGAUGAGCAGACAGAGCAGAGUGAGAGCUUCCAGGUGCAGCUGGAGCAUCUCCAGUCCCGGCUGAGGCGGCAGCAGAGCACCCCUCUCUUUGGCAAGAUGUGCAGCGCCCGCUUCAGCCCUGAUGACACCGGGGACGGCACCAGCGACCCUGAUGAGGAUGAGGACCUGCAGAUCCAGGUGCCCUAGAGCCCAGAGUGCUGCCACUAUGGAGACAUCCCAUGGCACUCUUCUGCCCUCAAGUGCCUGUCACCAGAGGACCCAGCCAUGCCGUGACCUUUGUUUAGAUGGGAAAACAGAGGCAUUGCCUUCUGGACAGUAUCCAAUGCCCCUUGGCCACCAGAUUUUCCUGGGACACAGAUGUGGCCACCAAAGCUAUCACCAGGCAGCCCAGGAGGAGCAAGAGGAGCAGGAGGGCAGAGAGGGGCAGUGGGCCCUGCUGCCAGCCACACCCUCCUGCCUACUUUUCUAUA